AAGAUGGUCGACAGACAGUGAUUUGAUAUGCAGUGUGCUUCUGCCAGCUAUUCAAAAGCACUCGCAUCAAGCUGAAAGUCUCAUGGAAUUCCUUGCGAUGAUCUCUACCAUGCUGCAAGUUCCUAACCACAUUUUCCAGGACCUGGUUCCAGCAGCAUUACACCGUUUCAAUCCCCAGAUCCCAUCUCACCACAAGCAAAUGGCAACUAUACUCUGCUAUUUGAACAAUCCCAGUCUUGGGAAUAAUCUCUCCGAGUUCACAACGAAUAUUACGCUGGAUGCACUUUCUGCGACGCACGAAGCUUUGACAAGGCAAUAUCUACCAUUUUUGAGUGAACUGGCACUCCACUUGGACAACGCUGGUUUUCUCCGCGUAUUACCCUUCCAGAUGAUGUAUCGAUAUAUCAUCAAUGCUUAUGUCUUGAAAGUAUCUGUUGUUGGAAAGCACGUCAACAGUUUGAACAAAAGGGAGGCAUCAUACAAGCCAAAGCUUGAGGCAUGGCGUGAGCUGAAGAGCACGACCAAGAGAACUUUGAAACUGUUCAACCAAGGGCAACUUCAAAUUUUGCUCGGCGAUCUUCACAAACCACUUCUUGACCUGGUUUCGGUUGAACUGCCUAGAGUCCCAACUGCUGCAUUAUCGAAGGCUAUCACUUCAACUUCUUCAAACCAUGGAAAGCCUGGAGACAGAAAACCAACUAAUGUUUCUGAUCCAGCCAACAAGUCGCAGGGCCAGCCGCUUGAACAACCUACUCUCCCCACCUACACAGACGAAACGCCUAUUUCUGAUCCCGCCAAGAAGUUUCAAGUCACAAUACUUGCACAACCUCGUCUCGUUACAAACAAAGAGCCAAUAAUCAACAGUCCUGAUUCCGCCACGAUGUUGCAAGGUAUUUCACUUCAACAACCUGUUUUCCCCUCCCGGUUUUCGGCUGCCGUCGGAAAGCUCAACAAAUCAUACCAACACGACCGUUUCGAAGGAAUGAUGGUCUUAUGUACGACGGAUCCUCGGACGAAAUCGAAGGCCUACAUAUCCAGCGGCCAGCCCGUACCUAGUCAUGACACCAUAGCCUACGAAACCCAUAUGCGAUGCCUAGACUGUGUGGAGCCAUCGUUUCAUUGUAUGUAUGCAGGCUUGCUAGGCUUCAAGGUGCAUUUGAAUUCGGCGCUGCAUAAAUUGAACGCCAAGACACGAAUCGAUAAAGAUAAAACUUUGGUGGAGGAGAGAGAAAGGAUGAAGGCGGAUAGGAAAAGAGCAAGGGAGAUCCAACGCAGCCCGUCCGGCAAGCCACCGGCUAAGCUGACCCGCACAUCCCGACGAGCCGGCUUGAGAGAGAUUGUAUAAAGAAGCAUAAGUAUGUGUGAGAUGGGGUGCUUAGUUGCUAGCUGGGGUUAGGGAAAGCUAAGAUGUUGGUAUAUCUUAGAGGUGUAGUGUAGCAUUUCGCGUCAUCCUUACCUAGGUAAUCUUGUACACUAGAGACUAGGACAUCUGAUUAGCGCAUGCUUCUGAGAAUAUGUUUGAAGUAUUUAGAUAAUACGGUAG